GCUUCGUGUUACAGGCCUUAUACGGGCCAGGGCCCCUGUGUCUCUGGCUCUCUCAGCUAUUCUUAGGCUGUCUGUCCCUCACCCUCAGCAACCCUACAGUGGUUCCACAGCACCUGACCCACCCACCCCAGGGUGUUUGUCCUGAGAGCUGGGAGCAGAAGGGUUGUGAAGCCAGGGCCAAGGGAGGUAAGAGCAACCACCGAGGCACCGAGCGGGACAAAAGGAUAGCAGGGGUAGGACGGAGAACAAGGGCACAGCACACAGGAGGGGAAACCGCGCAGCCAGCAGGAGUUGUUUGCAGGAGGAGUGUUGACAUUUAGCCGAAGAUGAGUACAUACACAGUGACUCUGAAUGGCCCUGCUCCGUGGGGCUUCAGACUACAGGGAGGAAAAGACUUCAACAUGCCCCUCGCCAUCUCCAGGAUAACUCCGGGCAGCAAGGCAGCGGGAGGCAGCUUGACCCAGGGUGACAUCAUCUCAGCUAUUGAUGGGGUCAGCACCGAGGGGAUGACGCACCUGGAGGCCCAGAACAAGAUCAAGUCUGCCACCAUCAAACUCACCCUCUCAAUGCAGAAAUCAAGACGCCCGGCCCCAGUUCCCACGGCAACUCCAAGGAUGGACUCACCUAUGCCAGUCAUCCCUCACCAGAAGGUUAUUGCAAACACAGCUGCAAAUGUGGAGUACACCCCCAGCUUCAACCCCAUUGCUUUGAAAGACUCAGCCCUGUCCACCCACAAGCCCAUUGAAGUGAAGGGUCCAGGAGGAAAGGCCACUAUCGUUCACGCUCAGUACAACACACCAAUCAGCAUGUACUCACAGGACGCCAUCAUGGACGCUAUCGCAGGGCAGUCACAGGCAAAGGGACACGACAGUGAAGAGGCAGGCUCCCCCUUGGCUGGUGUUCUGCCCAUCAAGGAGCCUGUGGUAGAUUGUGCAUCUCCAGUGUACCAGGCAGUGAUCAGGCCAGGAGAGCCCCUGGACAUGACUGACUGGGCUCGCCGCGCUGCCAACCUGCAGUCUAAAAGCUUCAGGAUUCUGGCCCACAUCACUGGCACCGAAUUCCUGCAAGACCCAGAUGAGGAAGCCCUGCAGAAGUCAAGAGAGAAGUUUGAGUCGGAGGUCAAAGGGCCCCGCUUUGCCAAGCUGAAGAACUGGCAUCAUGGACUGUCUGCACAGAUCCUUAAUGUCCAGGAAUAAAGAGGAGAAGGUGAAAACAAAGGGAAAGAGAAAGAGAGAGAGGGGGAGGAGGAGAACAUGUAAAGGACGACAUGGACAAAAGGAGGAAAAAGAGAUAAAUUAUGGAGAGAGAUAAGGAGCAAGAGGAGGAGCAAAGUGCUCGGGAAUGUGACAUAGUAUUGUAGCCCAGAUUAGUUUGAUGAAAGAUACUAAAUGUUAGUGUAAGAAUGCUAAAUGUUAAAUGUCAAAUAUAUCUGUCAGCUGCUAAAACCUGACCUAGCAUUUGGGUUUUUCUUUCCUUGUUUCCUUUUUGUUUGGGUUCUGUCUCUCUUAUGUGAAAGGGAAAUUGUACAAAAAUGAAGUAUUCAAGUGAAAAUGCAGAAAUUAUGUUUCUUUUAUGCACCAGUACGUAAACAAACAUAUGAAUUUUAACACUAUGUGCAUGUUUGUGAGGCAGCACACAUAGAGAUGUAUCUAAAUGCACCAAUACAGUAUGUAAAAAAACAAAUGCACUGAUAUGAAUGUGAAUAAAUGUUUUCUUAAAACAAUA